CAUGGUUUACAGCAGGUCACUAAUGCUGGAAAAAGUACAGAGUCCACCGAAAGACAUGCUUGUUACUUUCUGAAUUCUAGGAUAAUUUUUUUGUUGUUGUUCAUCACUCCGACUUUCACUGAGGGUUAUUAUAGCCUUGGUCUCAAGGCCAGAAAAGUUUACAGGCUGCACCUCUUCCGUGCUCAAUGCUGUACACCUUGCACCCAAGGGUACUGUAUAUUUACACUCAAUAAUGUCUUCUAGUCCUCACACGGCCAUCAUACAGGAAUCUAUAAAACAUGGACUUACAUCAGUCGGUGCCGGUGCCGCGGACGGACACGGAGCUCCCAGCCCGGCCCGCAGCCGCCUUGUCAUGCUGCCCAAAGUGGAGACGGAGGCUCUGGGACUCGCCCGGUCGAAUGGGGAACAGGGGCAGAUGCCAGAAAACAUGCAAGUGUCUCAGUUUAAAAUGGUGAAUUAUUCUUACGACGAAGACCUGGAGGAGCUGUGUCCAGUGUGCGGAGAUAAAGUGUCGGGGUACCACUACGGGCUGCUCACCUGCGAGAGCUGCAAGGGAUUCUUUAAGCGGACAGUCCAGAAUAACAAGAGGUACACGUGUAUAGAAAACCAGAACUGCCAGAUUGACAAAACGCAGAGGAAGCGAUGCCCUUACUGCCGGUUUCAGAAAUGCCUCAGCGUUGGAAUGAAGCUAGAAGCCGUGCGUGCGGAUCGGAUGCGUGGGGGGAGGAACAAGUUUGGGCCCAUGUACAAACGGGACCGUGCCUUAAAGCAGCAGAAGAAAGCGCUGAUCCGAGCAAAUGGACUUAAACUGGAAGCCAUGACUCAGGUGAUCCAAGCUAUGCCAACUGACCUGACAAUAUCCUCUGCGAUCCAGAACAUCCAUUCUGCCUCCAAAGGCCUACCUCUGAACCACACUGCCUUGCCUCCCACAGACUAUGACAGAAGCCCCUUUGUAACCUCUCCAAUUAGUAUGACGAUGCCACCCCACGGCAGCUUGCAAGGUUACCAAACAUAUGGCCACUUCCCAAGCCGUGCUAUCAAGUCCGAGUACCCUGACCCUUACACUAGCUCACCAGAGUCAAUAAUGGGCUACUCAUACAUGGAUGGUUAUCAAACAAGCUCACCAGCAAGUAUUCCACAUCUGAUAUUGGAACUCCUGAAAUGUGAGCCAGACGAACCACAAGUCCAAGCUAAGAUCAUGGCAUAUCUGCAGCAAGAGCAAGCCAACAGAAGCAAACACGAGAAGCUCAACACAUUUGGGCUUAUGUGUAAAAUGGCUGACCAAACCCUAUUCUCCAUCGUCGAGUGGGCUAGGAGUAGCAUCUUUUUUAGAGAACUUAAGGUUGAUGACCAAAUGAAGUUGCUUCAGAACUGCUGGAGUGAACUCUUAAUUCUAGAUCACAUUUACCGGCAAGUGGUACACGGGAAAGAAGGCUCCAUCCUUCUGGUUACCGGGCAACAAGUAGAUUAUUCCGUAAUAGCGUCACAAGCUGGAGCCACCCUCAACAACCUUAUGAGCCAUGCACAAGAACUAGUAGCAAAGCUUCGUUCCCUGCAGUUUGAUCUACGAGACUUUGUAUGUCUCAAAUUCCUGGUGCUGUUUAGUUUAGAUGUCAAAAACCUAGAGAACUUCCAGCUUGUGGAGGGUGUUCAGGAACAAGUGAAUGCUGCUCUGCUGGACUACACAAUGUGUAAUUACCCACAGCAAACAGACAAAUUCGGGCAGCUUCUCCUGCGACUACCAGAAAUCCGGGCCAUCAGUAUGCAGGCAGAAGAAUACCUCUACUACAAACACCUGAACGGAGAUGUCCCAUGUAAUAACCUUCUCAUUGAGAUGCUGCAUGCAAAGAGAGCAUAAAUUAUAUCCAUUAGAGCUUCUGCUUUCAACGAAAAAAUAUACUCUGAACUGCUCCAAGCAACACUAAUUAAAAUGUGGUUUUAAGACUUUGCAAAAUGGUAUAAUAAUCAAAUACUAAUAGUAAAUAAGUGAUGUAUCAGGGUAUUUGUAUUGCAAACUGUGAAUCAUAUGCUACACAUCCCCAAAGGAAUCUCUAUAGGACUUUAUAAACUGGAGAGAAGUAAACAUAAAACGUGGAUACUAUCACCAAUGCCAACAUGAAUAAGGACAGAAUGAUUCUUGUAUAUUUAACUUCUGAUUGCCAAUACGAAGAAAUUUAGGGGAAAACUGAUCUGUAUUAUUGAGCUAAGAGAGUGGAGAAAUUGAGCGCACUAAAUUCCUUCAUUGUACAGCAGGACUUCUAGAGCAGUUAUAAUAGAUGCAAAGCUGCAUCUACACCAUCUUCUAUCAUUCUUCCAAGGACCCAACACUUCUGUGAUAAACAACGUGGCAUCCAUUCAACAGUAUGUAAGAGAGAGCUGGCGUAGGCCACGUUCUAGGUAGUAUGGCCACCACUUCCCUAGAGGCUGGUUUUGACAGUCUCUCAGGCCUGCAAAUAGCUAAUAUGAAGAGUCUGUUAUCAAGUUAGCUUGGCAUUCUUACUGUGUUCUAAAGUUUGUUUCGUUAUGUGUUCACGUUGUUAAAUCAGGCAGUAUCCCUCUUCUACUACUGUCACUGGCUGUCAUUAAAAAACCUAAGAUAAAUAUGCAAAAGAAAAAUUAUAUAUAUAUAUAUAUAUAUAUUCAACUCAAAUAUAUACUUCAGUAGCACAGUGGCUAAAACGUGGCUCUGCUAUGUAGCUGUGGCCUUUUCCAAAAAAAGAAAAUGAAUAUAUCUAAGCCACCAAAAGUGACAGCUUCUUUGACAAAAACCUUUUCUAGGACACAAAAUACUCUUGUUAAAGAAAAAUAAAAUAAAAAAGAGCAGAAAUGCAUUAAGCAAUCCAAGAACAGGCAAGUAAAUUACAUGAGAUGAUGUCCAAUAUCUAAUCAAACUGUUGUUUUUUUUAAGUUAAGUAAUACACCAUUUUUUAGGCAAAAAAAAGAAGAGUGAUACUGCUAUGUCUAUGUAGGCCAAAGUCUGCUGCAGAACAAAUAUUAGAGAAGAACAAACAAUUCUCUCUCUGUUCAAAUGAAGGUAUCAGUAUUAAAAUGUAGUGCCACGGUUCUAAGUCUUGCCUUAUUACAUUAUCCUUAAAGGUAACUGUGCAGAUGUGGAUCAACGUAUAUUUAAAAUAAAGUAUUAGCCUGCAACAUUAACAAAAACACAGUGUUUACAUUCUUUAGGUCCUGUGGGGGAAAAAAAAGAAAAAAGAAAAAAAAAAAAAAAAAACUGUGAUAAAAUUGCAAAGCAGUGAUUUCCUUAAUGUUGCUUUCCAAUUGGUAAUUAUUUUACCAGUACUUAAUUACUGUAUGUCGUGAGACACUAAAAUCAGUGGGGUGGGAGGGGACUUCAGUUUGACUUUAAUUUUGAGAUUAUCAGCUGUACAAUCACUUGUAGAAACUGUAUAAAAUCCUAAAUCUUUGAUUUUUUUUUUUUCAUGAAGAUUGCUGGCUUUUGAAUAGUUUAUUUAUACUGUAUAUGAUAGUUUCCACUGUAGACAAUUAUGAUGCUAAUUUAUUGUUUGUUGGUUUCAUCUUUAUCUAAGAUAUAGCCAGAAUGAAGAAGCCAAAUAUAUGUGUUUACUGUAGCAUGUCUUCAAUUUAGUGGAACAUAGUUCAGGGACACACAAAGGUCUUCACAAAUUUAAAUCAUUCACUUGAUUAAUUGUCUGUAAAUCUUCAUAAUCCUAAAUGUAGUUUAUUUAAAUCUAUUGUAAAUUAUGUGAGUUGUAGCUUCUAUUUCAUGUGAACUUGAAAAGGUGCAUUCUCUUUUUUUUUUCCAACUAUCCACACACUGUAUACCAAAGACAUUAAUUAUUACAUCUGCAUUAGUUAGCAUGUUAUUUUAAUCACCUGUAUACUGUCCAUGCAUAGGGUACAAACACAGCAAAGCCCAAUGUCUGCACCUCCUAGAUGCCUGCCUUGAAUCACAGAAUGCACACAGUGUCAUACUGGCCAAAAGCAAACCAAAUACAUCCCCAUAGUCAACCCACACAGCAAGUGUGGCAAUGUUAUUUGACUAAGCAUUUGCCCUCAAACAAACCAAAUUAACAGACGGUAAGAUGCAGGUGGCAAUUGACUGCGGCUGUGAUAUCUACAUAUCAUCAGUAUAAAGUUUGGUCAUUCACUUUCUUUUUAAAAGAAAAACAAAGCAUAUUUCAAGUGUUUGCAUUCUCUUUUUUCUUCUUUUUCUUUUUUUUUUUUUUUUUUUUUUUUUUUUUGCUAUUGAAAUGCUACAGUGAAUAUCGCUGAAUAUUUAAGUUAAAAGCUUUAAAAAUGUAACUAGCUGUAUUUGCAGCAUGAUAAUCCACAUACAGGACAAAAGAAUUCAAAUAAAGAUGUAUGAGAGUAGAUUUUUUUCACACAAUUUGAUGGAAACUAUUUCACAUGAACUAACAUGUAAUUAGUCCAGGCUGGAUGUGGCUCUGGGCAGCCUGGUCUGGUGGCUGGUGACCCUGCACAAAGCAGGAGGGUUGAAACUGGAUGAUCACUGUGGUCCUUUUCAACCCAGGCCAUUCUAUGAUUCUAUGAACAUAUAUUUGCUCAUAUCUGUCAUUCCAAGAAUCCCAUUUGAUUGCCCAAAGUUUGCAAACAAAAAAAAAAAGAAAAAAAAAGAAAAAAAAAAAAAAAAGAAAAGAAAAAGAAAAAUAAUCAAACCUCAUGUUAAUUGUUAACUACUUUGUAACCAGACAUUUGCUUUUGACUGCCUUAUUGAUUACAGGACAUAUUAGUAAAAGCAGACUAAAAUUCAAAGGUUUUGGCUUUGGCUGGUUUAUUAUAGUUGUUCUGUGUUUGUAAACAGACAAUCUGUAAGGUCUGACUAUUUGUACUACAGAUGUUCUGCAGCUGCCUUGGAUUUAAAUCCAUGCAACUCUUAGAAUGUGCAGUGAGUUACUUGUUGAAGUUGAAGUUCUCCUACUGUAUCGGUGAAAUACAUAUUGUCAUGUCAGUUCUUGCCAGAAGUUUCUCAUCGCCAAUGGAUUUUUUUUUUCAGUAUUUCAAUAAAUAUUGAUAUGUCCAUGCUGACUACUUU